CUGCACGCUAAGCUGAUAUCAUGACGGGAAGGAGGUAACGGUCCCACAAUGUACGUACAUGUUCUGCAGAGCAAAUUAUCGUGCAGGGUCCACGUUGAUUCAAGCCUGCGAGGCUGCUGGUGCUGCGGUUCCUCGGUUUUUGCACUAUGACGUGUUCCUUAGGACACAUGGUCGGAUGCUGGAAACUGCCGUAUGUGUCCGUUCGAGGUUGAGCAUUCUCCAAAGCUCGCGCAUUUAUCACCGACAUUCAAUACUAUGCCUGUUAGAGCUGGUUCCAAGGCAUUCGCGAGUACUUUGCUGGUUCAUGAAGCUCGGUAAGACAGUGUUGACUGACCAUGCGAUACGGCUCUGAU